CUUGGAGAUGCAGAAAAUCUUCUUGGAGGUACACGUACACCUGUUGGGGCGGACGAGGUGCUGGAGCUUGUCAAUCCAGCACAGCUAAAUACUGGUCCUUCCUUGUUUCCGACAACUUCUUUAUCACCCGUGGCUGAGUUUGCUGUGCUGUCCCCGGAGGAGCGUUCGCAGGAACUGCGCACCGUAAUGCAAGAUCUGAAGGACGAUGUCAGGGACAUCACUGAUUAAGGCUACCGCAGUAGGUGCAUCCUCGUGAAAAAUAUCGAUCCCUGACUACUUAUUUUCCUGAGUGAAAAUAAGGCCAGGGAUGUUGACCCAAGGGAAGAUGCGAAGCCGGUUACCGCUCUAAAAUGAAAAGUUUGAAACGAUCAUGAUGGAGGUCCUCACCUCAGGCAGUGACAGCACCGACGUAGCCGAGAUUGCGUCUCGUCUCCGGAGGCUGCAAACCCGGUUGACACUGAUUAAGCAGGUGACAACCACUCUACAAGAUGAGCAGUAUCUCAACCGGGCUUACUGGCCUACACCAGAUUUCUUGCUGGAUGAGGAUUAUGAGGAGCACGCGAAGGAAGUGCAAGAGAUCAAGUGGACACUGGUGAACCCGCUUCAGGAUGAAAUCCAAGCACGGCUCGCCAAUUUGAUUCCUCGGCAAGAAGAUAUGAAAGAAAAAAGUGCACUCACUGACACUCAAAAAAAGUGGCUAUAAUUUUCCUACUUAAUAAAUCCUCUGCAAUUCCUUGAGUGUGAGUGCACUUUUUCGCUUCAUAGAAGAACAGGCAGUCCUCGAGGAAGAAGCUACUUUUGCAGGAGAUGAAUUCGAAGAAGAACCUCCUAAUGAUCAUCUUAAGGCAUAGCCAAGCGAGCAUCCUCAGCUUCAGGAUCCCUCAAUCCUCAGCUUGAGGGUUCAGGGAUCCUCUCAGGGAUGCACGUCGGUAGCUCUAAUGAUCCAAAUGGUGAAGAAGAUUCCAAUGCUUCUCGUCCAACAGGAAACGGUUCGUCGCCUUCAUCACCUAGAGUUAAGGCUUCCCUAAGAUCAGAUAAAAGUUAAUUAUCCUCUCUACAUUCUAACUCCUUCGAAAUACUGGUCCUGAAAAGUCCUAGGUUCAUCUUAUUGAUGUUCCAACAUCGUCAUUAGAUACAAGGACUGCUCCAUCGAUCUUCAUAUGAUAGAAGUGGACUCCAUGAUGAUGAUGGAGAUGGAGUCCACUUCUCUCAUCAGAUAGAAGAGCUGUGGUCUCCUUCCAUUAUUGCUUAGGCGAAAUUAUAGGAGGAAAAGGAGUACCGGUCGAAUGAAUCCCCUUCGCAAGAACAAGAUCCCAUCAUCAAACUUGAUCCAAACUAGUGAACAGUUCCAGAGUUCUUAGAUUCUGAUGACCCUUGUUCUUUCAUCUUAGAUUCUAGAUGUCUGUAGAAAAUGUGGAUGACCCUUGUUCCCUAGAGGAUGGUAUGCUAGAUCCCUAGAGGAUUCGAGCUCUAAUAAUGGAAGUGACGACGAGGUGGACGACGAGGACGACGUUCGCCAGGGUGAAGUAGACGUUUACGAGAUGUCACCCGACGAACGCGGAAGACUCGCGGAGCACCUACGCACUGAAAUGGAACAUCUCAACGACGAUGUAAGCAAUAUUCGUGAAGACUUCGAGGAGAUGGAGGAGGAGGACGGUACCGACACCGAGGAGACGAUGGCGGCUCUCCAAGACCUGCGACAAAAGCUGCUCGACGUUAUUAACGCCACAGAAUUUUUCGACGAGAAGUACCUCAGCAACGAGGAUGAGUGGCCUGGGGACGAAUGGAAG